AUGGAUGUAUGGGACUAUCAUGUAUUUGACAACAACAAAACAGAAAUGCAAGCAGGAUAUGAGCUUUCCUUUACAGGAAUAUGUGCUCCUAAUUAUAUUCUUACUGGCCCAGAGUUUCUGAACUUUUAUCAACGUGCGUACGCUGGGACAUACCUUCUAUCUUUUGCCGUCGUUUUCAUCCUAUAUGGCCUAAUAUACCGGUCAAUAUACAAGCACCGAGCGAAUAGAAGCAAGAGAAAACGUUCCAGUCUGUAUCCGUCUGGUGUUGAUUUGAAGAACGCUGAAAAGCAGUUCACGGCGGUGACUCACGUAAAUCCUCAUAGUGGCCGACGGAGCGAUCCAUGUCUUGAAAAUGGAGAUGGCGACGUUGACGUCGGAAAGCCUGUGGAGUUGCAGCCUUUGAGACCAACGGCAAAAAAUAUUACACGAUCAAUUUCAAUCAAGGAGAAAACGUUAUUUGCCAAUAUUAGGACGGCUGUCAUGUUGUGUGUUGUUACCGUUGUUUUUCUUGUUGCAUUUUUGCCUGCUUGGCUUAUGGGAUUACAAGCGAUAGGGUUCAACGCCGUGAUUUUUUACAUGUAUUUUGUAUAUCAUACUGCAAAUCCUUUUAUUUACGCAUUCAUGAACAAAUCAUUUAGAGACGACCUACGAAAGGUUCUCAAGUGCCAGAGUAUACCAAGGGUUCGUUGAAUAUUCUUUAA